AUGGAGUUUUAUUACACUAGACCAGAAUCAACAACUCCCUCUGGCUUACCCGUUGCUUCAUCAUUUUCAACUUUCUUCAAAAGCGAUUACUUCAAAAACCGGCCGUCAAAUUCUAAGUCCACGAGCCCCAACCAAGUCAUAAUGUGUCCAGACAACUCACAAAUUUUAUACUGUCAUGUUCUAUGUGGUCUUUCCCAGAAAGACGAGGUUGUGAGGGCUGUUGCUACUUUUGCUCAUGCCUUGGUCCAAGCUCUUUCUUGUCUUGAACGCAACUGGAAGGAGUUAAGCUCAGUUUCAGUGAUUAUUGGAGGACCUAAUCCUAAACUGGCGGACCUGAUUGAACAAGAAUGCAGCCACAAUUCAUGGGAGAGUAUAAUCCCACGACUUUGGCCUAACACCAAGUUCAUAGAAUGUAUUCUUACAGGACAAGAUCUAUCCUACACAUUUGUGCCCAACAUGUCCUUCUUUGAGUUUCUACCUGUUGAUCAUAGGGGAGACAUGACAAGCAUUGUUGAUCUUGUCAACGUCAAGUUAGGCUGCUACUAUGAACCUGUGGUCACUACAUACUUUGGUCUAAACAGAUAUUUAAUUGGAGAUAUUGUAUAUGUGACUGGAUUUUACAAUAACACACCUCAAUUUCGAUUUGUACGCAGAAAGAAUGUGGUUUUAAACGUGGACCAGGAGACCACAACUGAAGAGGAAAUUUUGAGGGGGUUGAUCACUCAUGCGGCCUUUGUUCAUAACCAGUCUUCAAAUGUGAUGUUGAUAGACUUCACAUGCAACACUGAUAUCUCAACUUCUCCAGGUCACUAUGUUUUUUACUUGGAACUGAAAGCAAAAGAUGUUAACGAGGCCGUUGAGCUUGAUGAAAAUGUUCAAGUAUUGGUGGAAUGUUGCUCUGUAAUAGAGGAAUCAUUUGGUGAUGUUUAUAGAAGUUUGAGAACAUCUGGAUCAGUUGGCGCUUUAGAGAUAAGAGUGGUGCAACAAGGAACAUUUGACACUCUCAUGGAUUAUAUCAUAUCCCGGGGUGGUUCGACGAAUCAGUAUAAGACACUCAUAUGCAUAAAAUCUUCUGAAGCCGUGGUGAUUCUUGAAAAUAGCGUUCUUGUUCGAUUCCACAGUGAAAAAUAUCCUCUUUUCGGCACAUAG